GACGCUGCCGACGACGUUUAGCCUCUGCAAUUGCUCGGAUACCCACGUAUUCAUAGUCUUGGGAGUCUUCUAGGAUGUCUCUCUAGCCUGGUCUCGGAUGGCUGAAAGACGCAAAACCAUCUCACGGUAACCGCACCAGUGGUGAAUAGACGCGUUACUGAUAGUGGUACCUUACGGGGCCCCACUCUAUUCAAUAAUCAUUACUGCUCUUGAGAACAUCUGUUGGUCACUUUGCUGCCUGGUUUUGUUAUGUUCCUAUCUAAUCUGUCGGCCAUUCGAAGGGGUGGGUAGUUGGUUUGGAGCAUGCAACGUUGGCCGUAGUGCAACACGUGUAGAUCUUGAAGAGCCGUCGAAGGACCAACGCCGUAAGGGUACGUUUAUCCUAACACUCAUCUCUCUUUGUUUUGCAACUAUCGCUAUAGGUAUUCAUUGCACCAUGUUUCCCUUGAAUGACUUCAAUGUCGUGUGCUGUGCACUCGCUACAUUUUCUGCUGCGGUUGGCUACCAAUAUUCUAAAAGGAGGUCGCUUAGAAAAGAAAGAAUGCGAAUUUGUAGACAAGGUUCCCAACGAAGCCGUAAGCUACGAAGCAACUCGACUAGCAGUUCAUCCUCGAGUGCGACUUUGGUUGAGUGUGAUGCAGAUUUUUCUUCUGACUGUCCUGCACCGACCGACAUUACAUUUGAGCCAAGCAAUCUGAAGAGGAAGCUUAGAGACGACGAUUUCGACAAUCCCAUCGAUGCAGAUACUCGCUCGAAUUCGCCCUCGAGAUCUUCCAGCCCACCGCAGAAGAGAUUGCGAAGCUCAUUAUCAGAAGUUGUCGACGAUAGUGAUCAUGUCCCCAUGAAGGUUGAAGAGACAUCACCAGAGCCUUUUGACCAGCCGAUUAGUGCUGCGGCAGCGAAUGCUACUGUCAUUCAUAAUCACGAUGCAUGUGCUCCCGAAGUAACCCCUCCAUCCACUACUCAGGCUGGUGACGGAUCAAUGGAGCUCUCGAAACCACCUAUUCAACCAUCCGCACGCACUGUCGCUUCUUAUAAACGAUCAACAGCGUUCGCAGCCUUUGCUGGCGCAUCAUCUGGAUUUGGCUCCUCAGGUGCUACUACCCAACGACCAGUCUGGUGCGCUGACAGGACCACGCCGUCUGUCCUUGCAGGCAGCUCAACUCCCCUUGAGCUCCUUCCCUCGGAUACCCAUGACACUCUAUUGAAAUCGAAUGCGACGCAAGAUGCGCCUGUAACUGAAUCUGACAAUAUCUCAUCGCCGUCUCCAGACCACGUGCUCACAGCUCAGUCAUAUACCAAGAGCACACAAACCAAUCUGACUGGAGAGGAGGACGAGGACGUCAUUGCCGAACUCAAAGGAGUGAAACUUUGGGUCAAGCGGGGUGAAAGAGACUUCACCGAUGGCAUGUACGGUCAUGUCAAGCAUUUGUGUCAUCGGGAGACCAAGGAGGAGAGACUAGUAUUCCGUCGCGAGUCAGUCUGGAAAGUCGCCAUGAGCGUAGGCCUACGUCCGACAGUUCGCUGCACCUCCGACGAAGAUCAGGGCUUCCUGCGUCUCGCGCUGAAGGAAACAACGGAUGAACAGGUUGCGGGGUCCGAUGCAACUCGUCAGCAGGUUGCUGUCUACGUCAUGAGGCGAGGAAGGGUUUUGAAGCCGGACUUCGUCACCUUCGCUGACACCGUCGCGAAAAGCAGUCGACUGCUCCGGACACCGAUGGAUGUCGCGUAAAGUACUCCAUUGAACACUCCAUUGAACACCCCGUCGACCGCGAUGCUAUUUUUGGCUGAAUUGAACAGCCUCCGUAUUUGCGACAUAUUACUGCUAGCGGUAGAGGUCAUCGCUCGAUGACGCUGCAGCCUCAGUCACCUCACUAAAUAUCUGGCAUGUUCGGGGUGUGGGCUGUGAAAAGCGUUCGUAGUAAAUCAUUCGUUUAUUUUUAUUCUAUGACAGUAUGUAGAUUAUGCAUCUAUUGUAUUCAUAUGACAACACUCCUCAUCCUUUGGUAACUUUGGUUGUUCCUGCAAGCCUCAGACUUCAGCCGCCCGAACUAGGUACGACAGUGGUCAUAAACAAGGGUUCAAUUGCUUCGUCCCUAGUAAAUACUCUAAUCUUUU